AUGUUGAACAGAAUGGAUUUUCAUUCUAAUAAUCUAUCAUACCGCGGAAGAAGGAUGGAAAUUCUUCUGGUAGUUUUAGCUGUCAUCAAACUAUUAAAAGUGAUAUCUGUUUACGCUACGUAUGAACUGUUAAAGAAUUCUAAUCCUCUCACUAUAUUAAUUGCUUUAAAAUCUACUGCAUUACUUAUUAUGGUGCCACUGCAGAAGCCUUUUAAUGGGCCUAAAUUGAAGAUUACUGAGUGGUUUCACAUCUUAAAGUUCUCUUUUGUCCGGCUUCUUAUUGAUGCUUUUUGGAUAGAAGGGCUUAUUCUUUGUGGUCCCUUCAGGUUUAUUUUGUUGUUCGAGCACAGCGAACUUCUAAUUCUUGCUUCAGUUGGUACAUUUAUCUUCGGGUCCAAUUGCACUAAAAAAACUCGAGGGUCAGUAUUCUUUGUAAUUGGUGUCCUGUGUUUGGUAUUUUUCGACCAUGAUUAUAGUCAUGGGGAGACGGAGCAUCCUGAAGGAGUUCAUAAAAGUUUCCUAAUCCAUCAUUUAUAUGAAUUAUUUGUAAACUUUGGACUCUCAGAUCACAAGGUUGGUGUUGUUGUCCUAAUUAGUGCGGUUUGCUUGGAUGCCGGGCUAGCUUCAAUUUCUAGGACGUUAGUAACAUCUGUCGGAGGUGCCAAACGUUUAUACAGCCUUUCUGCGUUAAUCAGCUUCGUCAUAUUGAUUCCGUUUUUUCUUCUUACUCACUUCUUCAAUGAAAACUCCUUUCACACCAAGGAACAAUUAAAUCUUUUGAAGAUGGUAGAAAAUGUUAACGAUCAAAUGCCUUCUCAUGAAUCAUCUGGAAAUAUCCCACAAAGAGAUUGGCUAUUUUGGAUGGUUUAUAUAAGUACCAUGCAUGUAAUCGAUUUCUAUAUGACCAGUCUGGUCAGCGGGCGACUUGGUUCUCAAUCAGUGACUCGUCUUGCUAAACUAACUGUCGUUAUAACUAGCCUAAUAUUCAGCCUUUUCUGGUCAUCUUCAGAUUCCGUAGAACAAUUUGUUUCAGUCGAUCGUAAUGAGAUUCUUGUAAACAGUUUCCUACUUAAACAUCAAAUGUCUGUUGGAGUAAUUGUUUCGGUCGUUUGUAUUUUAUAUGCAUCAGAUCUUUUAACUGCAGAUAAAUCUGGUCAUGGUCCAGAAGGCAUUUCAAGUGGUCAUUUUAUUGGUUAUUCAAUGGCUGGUUUACCUUUAUUUACUGCUGGACAAACACCUACACACGGUACUGCCUUAUUAGCGAAUUCAGAAGAAUUUGGUCUAUGGUAUCAUUUACGAGCUACGUUUCAUGGCAUAUUAACUGGACAAGCUUCACGUCGCAUUUUCGCGUUCUUGUGUUUAAAUCUAGCUUUUACAUUUGUGGAACUUUUUUAUGGUGUAUGGACGAAUAGUUUAGGUUUAAUUUCUGACGGUUUUCAUAUGUUAUUCGAUUCAGCAGCACUUGUAGUAGGAUUAUAUGCUGCUGUAGUUUCACACUGGAAACCGACACGUAUAUUCUCAUUUGGAUAUAACAGUGCAGAGAUUCUAUCUGGACUUGUCAAUGCACUGUUCCUGUUGGUUAUAUCUGGAUCAGUGUUUAUCAAUUCAAUUGUACGUAUUCAUCAACCACCAGACAUUAAAACUGAUAAAUUAUUGGCUGUAUCUAUUUUAGGUUUGCUUGUAAAUAUUGUUGGUGUUGUCGCUCUUGGUCAUGCUCACAGUCAUGGAGGCCAUGGUCAUAGUCAUGGUGGACAUGGUCACAGUCAUAGUGGUUCCCACGGUCAUAAUCAUGGAGGCAGUUCUAGUGGACAUUGUCAUAAUCACGAGCAUGGUCACAGCCAUAGCCGGAAUCAUAGCCACAGUUCAAAUAUAUCUCAUUCUCAUCACCAUGAUCUCAAACAUGCUGUUGAAGCUCAUAAUGAAGAACUUCAUUAUGGUCAUACACACGGUCAUCAGCAGCACUGUGGAUCGCACAAAUCACAGAAAGAUGAAGCGGGAGAUGCUAACCUACGAGGUGUGUAUUUACAUGUGCUUGCUGAUACUUUGGGUAGUGUAAGUGUAAUAUUCAGUUCAUUUCUGGUAACCAAUUAUGGUUGGAAUGUAGCUGACCCGAUAUGUUCAAUGUUUAUUGCAUGUGUAAUUGGCUAUUCAGCUAUGCCUUUGCUCAAUGAUACCCUUUGUUUGCUUACUUUAAAAGUACCUGAUGAAUUUCAUUCUCAAUUAAUGGUUAAGAAAAUAUUACAAGUGGAUGAAGUUGUUUCUGUUUCAAAUCCAUUUAUUUGGACUCAUAUGCAUAAAUCUGUAUGUGUUUGUGUAACGGUUCGAAUUCAGUCUAGUGCCUCAGAACAAGUAUUAUUACGAAAGAUUAAAGAAUUAAUUCAAAAUCAUUUCACAUCUGUAUCUCAUCUAACUAUACAAAUUGAAAAAGAAGAAUAUGAAUAUCAUACUCAAGCUAUGGGUUUACAUUUAUCUGUUAUUGGACAUUAUCCUAAAUCAUUUAUCAAUUCGAAUGUUUUAAUGAAUGGAUUAACACAUCAUCAUCACCAUGAUAAUACCAAUCAUUGUGGUAAAUAUAACUGUUCAUCUGAACGCAUGAAUUUAGUAUCUGUUAAAGAUAUUUAA